AUGAAAACAACAACCGGUAAAGUUCUGUGCUGUUGUGGUUGUUCAUUUCUGUGCGUUUCGGUUUGUAUUAUGUUGGGUGUCACAAUUGUUUUGAUCUCCUCAUUGGUGUUGGUUUCAAGAGUUGCAACAUUUCGUGAUCAAUCGGUUGCGGUUAAAGGUUUUUUUUUGAAAAUAAAAAUAUUUUAUUCAUUUUUUUUUAAAGUUUUGAUUCCUAGGUGUUCUUAUUUGUGGUGACGAGCCUGCUGGAAAUGUUCGAAUCAAAUUAUGGGACGAGGAUUCUGGUCCAGAUCCAGAUGAUCUUUUAGCUCAAGGAUAUUCGGAGACAAAUGGCAGCUUUUUCUUGUCGGGUUGGACAACUGAAACAACUCCAAUUGAUCCGGUUUUUAAAAUUUAUCAUGAUUGUAAUGAUCAUGGAUUGGUGAGUUAGGAAUUCAGAAAGGGACUCUGGGAAGUGGUUGAGAAAUUGCAGCUGGGAAAUGCGGACUUGAGAAUCUUAAAUUUUCAUAAACUUCUUACAAUGGAACUGGAGAUCAAGAUUUUAAUAAAAUAUAUGUUUUCUAAAAGUUUUGACCCACUGAUCUGUAAAAAGUAAGCUACUAAUAUGAGUUACUUAUGACGUGGCAAAAUAAGGAAAUUUCUAAAAAUUGGGACUUCAGGAACUAUUUUUGAAAAUCGUGUCCCAACAUUUUGAAACACGGAUUUUUUUCGAUCAGAAAAUAUUACAAUCUGCAAACUUUUUCAUCAAAAAUAAUUUUACAAAAUUGAUAUGAAUUAUUUUUUAAGCUAGUUCUCACUUCCUGAUUUCCUGAUUCCAAAAACAACCUUUUUUCCUCUAAAAUAUUUUUAAUUUCAGCCAACACAUCGAAAAGUGAAAUUCACAAUUCCAGACAAAUAUAUAACUGCGGGAAGGGUGAGUAAAAAUCUUAUAUUUUAUAUUUUGAAAAAAAAAAUUAAUUUAAAGUUUCCAAAUGCAACAAUGGAUGCCGGAAUAAUCCAACUCGAAUUCGAAUAUAUGAAAGAGGAAAGAGUUUUGAUGAUUGAUUGA